GUGGGUCAUUAUUGGUUCUAAGGCAUGGCGUCAGGAAAGCAGAGCGGCUUGAGUCUUCCUAUCAAUAUCAAUUUGGAGUCAUUUCUAAGCUUCUUGUCUUCGCUAAGGGGAAUAGGGUCUACCCCUCUGAUCUACCUCAGUGCAGCGUUACUAGGAUAUACCUCCAAGAGCAACUCUGAUCAGUGCACAAACACAUUUCCAAACUGCCCCUCAGAUCCUGACAAGUUGGUACAGUACCUCAACCAACACAAUGGAGGAUUUUUCAGAUUCUUCAGUGGAAUCAACCCACCGAUAGGGUUAAGCCAAAAUUUCCGAACAGCUAAAGAAAGUUCACACACACUUGUUCCCUAUCAUAAGAAAUACCUGGAAACUUCAGCAGAAAAAAGGAUCCAAACCCGACCUGCGGUAUAUAUACCAUUAAUCAGAGACGAAGAAGGUCUUGUUUUUGAUUCUAAGGAUCCUAAGAGAGACCCAAAAAGCCUAAGAUUUCCUCCAGAGGUUACCAGUCUUCAGUAUUUGGAAUCUACGAAAACUGUACAGUUUUUACCAGAUGACCACGACUACGAAUAUUCUCAAAAUCCAUACAGGACGCCAAAGGAACUGUACUACGAUUCAUAUAACCCAAAUGAUCUUGACCUUCAAAGACCAUCGCCAAAUCACAGACCAUCGACAAUGAUUUUCCCUACCAGAACAGGAACAGGGGAAUUGAAGCUUGACCCAGAAGAGCUAAAUGUCAAGAAUGAGCCAAUCUAUUUUGAUGAACACCGAGAUAAUACGAACAUCAAAUUUCAAUCUGGACUAGAAUACACACCUAGUAAUGACGAAAAUUGGAAUUAUAGGGAUGUAAAAUCAAUAUUCACGUUUCCCAGCUAGAAUAUCUAUUUUGUUAUAGAGCCAGAAAUUUUGAAUACAAUAAUAUAGAUUUUCAGAUGUAAUUUUAAAUAGAUAUUUAUCGUGGUCAUUCACGGGGAAGGAAGGGACAGAUAAGACCGUGACCCGCCUUUGAGAAACCAGCUGGUUCCUAAAAGAUGCAUAUUUAGCAAAGUUUUGUGUGAAACAUUAAAAAUUUUUGAGAUUUUCGGCCGAUAUACCAUACACAUACCAAUCAUCCUCCCAUGCUCUUCAAACCACUGAUUAGCGAUGGCUCGAGUCACAAAACACAUGACUGAAGAAGUGGGAGCUGCACGUUAAACAAUGGCAACACCGCUGACGUUUUGUCGGAUGGUUGCGCCGCCUACCUCCCUGGAGAUCUGGAGGAACUAUCGAAG